GGUUACUCCACCUCAGCUCACAUGCUCCUCUGUUCAUACUGUAGUGAAUGCUCGCCCUAUGAUCCACUUUAGCUUGUGUCAGUCUGACCAGCUGAAAGCACAGAGAGGAACAUGAGGAGAUAUUUUUUGUUAAAAAGGAUUCCUUUACCGUGGUUGAGGAGGGACACCACGCAGAAUGAGUCCAGUCCGCUCAUACCAAAGGCAGGCUCUACAAAAGAGAAUGUUGAGGAGCUCAGCCAUGUCACCAGUGAAUUUCACCAAGCAGGGCCAAACGACGGACAGGAUAACAACAGCCCUGUAUUCGCAAGUGUCCAACCCCACCACAGAUAUUCCUUGAUAGACUACUUCCUAAAAUACUUCCUGUUCCUUUGCAAUCUGGUGUUCACAGUUCUGGGCCUGGUGGUUCUUGGUCUGGGGAUGUGGGGCCUCAUCAGCAAAGAGUCGUUUGCUCAGGAGAAGAUCGGCAGUAUCGGCACUGACCCAAUGCUGAUACUCGUGACUCUGGGCUUUGUGUUGACUUUGCUCUGCCUGUCAGGCUGUGUGGGCGCCUUAAGAGAGAACUGCUCCUUACUGAAACUGUUCUCUGCCGCUGUGCUAGUGCUCAUCACGGCGCAGGUACUGGUCGCCAUUAUGGCCUACAGUCUAGGAGAUCAGGUUGGAGGCUACCUGCGGUCGGGAAUGUUAGCUGCCAUGGUGCGCUACCAAGACGACUUGGAUCUCAGGUUCAUCACGGAUGAGAUUCAGUCAAAUCUACAGUGCUGUGGGGCAGAUAACUAUCGUGACUGGGAGAUCAACAUAUACUACAACUGCUCAGCUCCAGGAGUGCUGGCCUGCGGUGUCCCUGCGACAUGCUGUGUGGACCCUUUGGAGAACGGCACAGUGUGGAACUCUCAGUGUGGUGUAGGAGCCCAGCAGCUGGAUGAGUUUACUGCUCAGAGUGUGAUCUUCCUGGGCGGUUGUCUGGGGGGAAUCUCUCGCUGGAUUGAACAGCACGAGGGCCUGAUAGGGACAGUUGGAAUUGUUGUGCUGGGCGUCCAGAUUCUGACUGUGUUUAUCACUACACGACUGUUGGAAAGCAUCCAGUGGUAUAAGGUUUACAGAUAACUGCAAUGGGCUGAUGAAUAUAUUUAUUUAAUGAGUGCUCAAAUGCUUUUGAAUCUUCACCUUGUUUGUCACAUGCAGUAAACAUACUGUACCCUAUAAACCAUGAGAUCAAAAAACAGCUCAGCUGGUUGAAAAAAACUCAGAUGACUGCGCCUGUUUUGCCAGAAGAAAUGAAAAAUAACUAUGGAUUUUAAGACAGCAAAAUCCAACAUAUAAUGUCAAGGUGACAGACAAAAGUGCUAUAUUCAGCUGGCAAGAUUCCGUGUUUGAUUCAGAAAGAGAUUGUAAGUUUCCAAGCCCAAGAAGACCUAUUUAAAGGACCACUCUGCAGGAUUUAGUGGCAUCUAGCGGUGAAGUUAAAGAUUGUUAACUAAAUACAGCUCGCCUUCCAAGUGUGUAGGAGAAAAUGGUGGUUCAACAUGGCGGAUUGCUCUAGAUAACAACGUCUCAUUCUAAUGUACCAAAAACACAACAAUUCUCAUUUAAGGUCAAUACACACUAGUGAAAACAUUCCUAUGAAUUUUAUAAAUCUUCCUAAAUGUUAAACACUGGACCUUAAACAUUCAGUUACAAGGCAUGUUGUGCUUAUAUGUCUAAAUCUACAGUAUGUAGGACCCACCUAUAUACGUCUUACACUGAGCAGUAAAACUUCCCUUCUACCAGACAACAUUUAUUAACUUUUCAUCCCAGCAAAGCACCAUCAAAUGAUACUUAGAAUCAAGCACAAUUUCCAGUUUUUUUAAUGAGCUGUAGCUGAAAACACACACAAAAGAAAAUAGUCCCUGAAACAGCAUAACAGCACAAAACCACAAACAAAAUAUAACAUAUGCUGGUAGACAUAUUUUGUUACUUUUGGACAGAGGCAGGCUGUUUACCCCUAUUUCUUUGUGCUAAGCUAACUGUUGCUAGGCUGUUGCUUCAUAUUUACCAUACGAGGGUGGUAUCAUUCUUCAACAAGAAAGCCAAAAAGCAUACAUGCCAUUAUCAGUGUCAAACUAUUAAUUUAAGUGUUAGCAAAAUACACAGGACAUAGCGUGCUAAAUUCAUGGGAAUCAGUUUAAAUCCCUGAAUUACUUUACUGUUCCGAUUGUUUUCAGAUUCAUGUGUGCUACUCUUUGUCAAAAAGGGACAAAUAGAGCAUUACAUCAGCAAUUAUGUAAGAAAACACAGUAGCAUGGUUUAAUAACACACUAUGAUUGACAAAAACAAGAAAUGUUAGAAAUUAUUCCUAAAAAAUCCAAGAUUCAUUCUGAGUUUGAUCAAACAUGAUGCUGUCAGUUGUGCAGAAACUCUGUCUCUGAAGCCAGUAACUAUAGUCACAGCCCCCAUGGUAACCUCAGGCAACAGCACAAGAAAACAUUCAUAAUCAGUGGGCAGCUUGAGAGUGAUAUGAAAAUGGUAUAUGGUUCAUGUAUAAAACAACUUAAGCAAAGAACAGCAUCCAUAAUAUACAUCAUCUUUUUACAUGUUAACCAUUUAAAGUCAAAAGUAAAAGUCAAUUAAUGAUCCAGAUCAAAACUUGCCACCUCAGUUCCCUUCAGUAGAUAUAAAAAAUAACUUCUCAGGCAAAGAGACUCAGAUGAUGCCAUACUGAGCCAGUUCGUGUAGCUCUAGAUGGCUGUAGGCUUCCCAUGGGCAGAUUACUGUGAUGUCUAAAAAAAGGAAGAACAAAUAGUGAGUAAAAAAGGAAAAGCUGUGUGGUUUGUGUGUUCUUUUUUGUGGUGCUGCCUAACUUUGGUCAUUCUGCUCACCCAUGCCAAGCCCUUCCAUUCCUGGGAUAUCCUCUCCAAAGCUGAGGAAGAAAGAAAGCUUUAUUGUGUGGAAAUAUAAACUUACUAAAUGACACUCAUGACAAUUCACUUAAGAAAAGCCUACCCAAUGACGCCCCUCUUGGGAGGCUUGCUCUUGAACUGACGGCUGCUCCUCUGUUUAAACUUGGGUGGGCUGGAUCCGGGGCCGGUGGCUCUGAGGGGACCUUUGUUUCCAAUCUUGGCUUGAGGUUUGGCCACAUCCAAAUCCAUACUGUUGUUGUUUGAACUGUAAUGGGACAGAUAAUAUGUUAUAAAAAGAAAUGUACUCUAAAAAUAAAAAAAUUAUAUUUAAAUACA